AUGGAGAGCGGCAAACGGCUACAGAAGCGUGUUGGAGAACGCAUGAGGGUAAUAAAGCGAAUGAACCAUUCGUCUCUUGUGGCAGAACACUGCGCCGAUUCCGGACACACGUUCGCCUUUGAGCACGCCGAAUUUCUGGGCCGGCAAAACGGCCGCAUGUCCAGGGAAACAAUCGAGGCUUGGCACACGGGGACAACCCCCAUCAACCGUUGUGUGGCUCUUACAGCUGCCUACCAAGCCCUUCGGACGCAGCUUAGUAAACAUAUGAGCAGACGUGCAGCCAGGCUAAACAUGAAUCCAGACAUGAGCGAGUCCAUUCCGGAUACACAUUCAGCCACCUCUCAACCAGGUUCCGACGAAGGCGCAGAGCUCACCACAGCCGGUCCAUCUACUAGUCCGUUGGACGAGAAAACGGACAGUCCUUGCGGCGUUAACAAGAUUGCCAGGCUUGGACGCCAGCUACGGUCAAUAAAGGUACGAACGACGGCCACCAAUAUCUCAACGCCGGCCGCCGAUGAAGAUUGA